AUCCUCUCCGAUUUGCCAGCGAAAUACGAAAGUUGGGGGUCGAGGAGUGAGAGUCAAAGCUCUUAGAGCUCCUCUCUUUGGCGGUCUGGUGCUCGAAGGUCCCAGCAAAACCCCCGCUGCCGCGACAGCCCCUGAGGCUCCUAGGCAUCCUCCCGUCCUGCAUCUCCAGACCUGCUCUGAGCCCACCAUGAAAGCCAUCAGCCCGGUGCGAUCCGUCCGGAGCUGCUACGAGGCUGUUUGCUGCCUCUCGGAGCAGAGUUUAGCCAUCGCCCGGGGCAGCCACAACAAGAGCCCGGCCUUGGAAGAGCCCAUGAACUUGCUCUACGAUAUGAACGACUGCUAUUCCAAAUUGCGGGAGCUGGUGCCGGGCAUCCCUCAAGGCACCAAGGUGAGCCAGGUGGAGAUCCUGCAGCACGUCAUAGACUACAUCUUCGACCUCCAGAUUGUGCUGGAGGAGGGGUCCAAGGGCCGCGACCCCUCCUCCGAGGCCACCCUAUUUUCCCUUAAGGCGGCUGAACUCGCCUCAGAACUCCGCACCAAAGACGAGAGAAGUUUGUGUCACUAACGCCACCUCCUCCAGCAAACAGGCAGCGAGUGUCGGUUCCUGGUUCGUUAUCAGCCGGAGGUAAAUAGCAGCUUCCUCCGUGGCGCCGGGCUGUCUGCGACCUACCGGCCCCGGCAUCGCCUCCCCCGGGCCCGGGCACCGCGAGUGGGGAGCGGCUGGUUCCGACCCCCCCCCCCCCCCAGCCUUCUACCGCCAGCAUCCCACCCACGGAGCUCAGCAUCCCAGCUUGGGACCCGAAUUCACAUGAGAUAUUUUUAAUGCUAGACUGAUGAUGAAGCGGAGGUUGUCUGUAUAUUUUUGGAUUAUAG